ACCUCAGGCUGUUUUCCUUCUUGUCGCACAGUGGUUUGAACCUUCCCAGUUUGGGACUUGGUGGGCAAUCCUGUCUGCAAGCAUGAACUUGGCUGGAGGCUUAGGCCCCAUCGUCGCUGCUCUCGUGUCUCUGCACUACGACUGGCGCGUGACUUUGUCCUUCUCCGGCUUCAUCUGCGUGGUCGUCUCUUUUGUAUGCCUCGUCCUGAUUAAGAACGAGCCGUCGGAUGUUGGGCUACCCAACAUUGACCAAGGAGUCAAGAAAGGGAAGAAAGGUUCCUCCAGUGACAACAGCACUUUGACAGAGCUGCUGCUCUCGCCGUACCUCUGGGUGCUGUCGACGGGCUACCUGGUCGUUUUUGGAGUGAAAACGUGCUGUACCGACUGGGGACAGCUCUUCCUGAUCCAGGAGAGGGGACAGUCCAUGCUCGUGGGUAGCUCCUACAUGAGUGCCUUGGAGAUCGGGGGUCUGGUGGGAAGCAUUGCUGCUGGAUAUCUUUCUGACAGAGCGGUAGCGAGAGUGGGUCUGUCGAGCUAUGGGAAUCCUCGGCACGCGUUGCUGCUUUCCAUGAUGGCCGGGAUGUGCGUGUCUAUGUUUCUCUUCCGGGUGACGGUCACGGGCAGUUCUCCCAAGGAAAAUCACUUCUGGACUGUAGCCUUGCAACCUCUAGCUGAUCUUACAGGCCUGAAAGAACAUGAGCUGUGGAUCCUGACUCUGGGAGCUGUGUUUGGGUUCUGCUCGUACGGGCCGAUCGCCCUGUUUGGGGUGAUAGCCAACGAAAGCGCCCCUGCCAACCUGUGCGGCACCUCCCACGCCAUAGUGGCCCUCAUGGCCAACGUUGGGGGUUUUCUGGCUGGACUCCCCUUCAGUACCAUUGCAAAGCACUACAGCUGGGCCACAGCCUUCUGGGUCGCCGAAAUCACCUGUGCCGGUAGCACGGUGGCUUUCUUCUUACUGCGGAACAUCCGCACCAAGAUGGGCCGGAUUCCCAGGAAGGCUGACUGAGGAGAAGCUGCUCGGUGAGAAGGAUGCUCCCACGCCACCGUGAAUGAUGCUCAUUUUUUGUUUAACUGGCCUAGGAGUGAGUUUACCUACUGCUGCAACCUAGAUAAAAACGUCUCCAUUUCUUGUCCACCGUCCCGUGCCUGAGGGCACAAGGUUCCCGCUACCGAUCACUUUUUCCCUCGAGAUGUGAUAAUUCAGCCAGUUGACAUUUGC